AGAGCCAGGAUUUACCGAGUCCCUCCUGCUGCGAAGGGCCCGGGAUUCUCGGGAUUCUCGGGCGGCCCGGAGAGCGGGCGGGGCAGGAGGCGGGGCGGCGGCAGGAAGAGGCCUGAGCGAUGCUCCCAGCUGCCAGGGCCUGGCGGAGCCGGGCAGAAACCGUCCGUCCUUGGUGAGCCGCGGGGAGGUUGCACUGGAACCCCAGGGUAGAAGCGUGCCCCUGAAUGCACCGCGGGACACAGCAGCUGGGAGCUGGGAUCUCCUCUUCCCCAGCCCAGGACCCAGCUUCAGCGCUCCCCCCAGGGUGCCAUGGCCUCGCGGCUCUUGCACCGGCUGCGGCACGCAUUGGCCGGCGACGGCCCCGGGGAGGCGGCAGUCGGUCCCGAGGCCGAGCAGUUCCCAGAGAGCUCAGAGCUGGAGGAUGACGACGCCGAGGGCCUGUCCUCCCGCCUCAGCGGCACCCUCAGCUUCACCAGCGCCGAGGACGACGAGGACGACGAGGACGAGGAAGAGGACGAAGAGGAGGCUGGCCCCGACCUGCUGCCUCCCGGGGACGAGGCGUCUGGAGAAGACGCAGAACGGAGCCCCCCAUCUGAUGGGCAGCGGGGCAGUCAGCUCCUGGCCCGGCAGCUGCAGGAUUUCUGGAAGAAGUCCCGGAACACCCUGGUACCCCAGAGGCUGCUCUUCGAAGUGACCAGCGCCAACGUUGUCAAGGACCCACCCUCCAAGUACGUGCUCUACACCCUCGCCGUGAUGGGCCCGGGGCUGCCAGAUCACCAGCCAGCCCACAUCUCUCGCCGCUACUCGGACUUUGAACGUUUGCACCGUAACCUGCAGCGGCAGUUCCGGGGCACUAUGGCUGCCAUCUCCUUCCCACGUAAGCGCCUGCGCCGGAAUUUUACUGCAGAGACCAUUGCCCGCCGUAGCCGGGCCUUUGAGCAGUAUUUGGGCCACCUACAUGCGGUACCUGAGCUGCGCCAUGCCUCAGACCUACAGGACUUCUUCGUGCUACCAGAGCUACGGCGGGCACAGAGCCUCACCUGUACUGGCCUCUAUCGUGAGGCUCUGGCGCUCUGGGCCAAUGCCUGGCAGCUGCAGGCCCAGCUGGGCACCCCCUCUGGCCCAGACCGUCCCCUACUGACCCUGGCUGGGCUGGCUGUGUGCCACCAGGAGCUGGAAGACCCCAUGGAGGCCCGGGCAUGCUGUGAGAGGGCCCUGCAGCUGCUGGGGGACAAACGCCUCCACCCUCUGCUGGCACCCUUUCUGGAGGCCCAUGUCCGGCUCUCUUGGCGUCUGGGUCUGGACAAACGCCAAACAGAGGCCCGACUUCAGGCCCUGCAGGAGGCAGGCCUUACCCCUACCCCACCCCCUAGUCUCAAAGAAUUGCUCAUCAAGGAGGUGCUGGAUUAACCCUUGCCUCAAUUUAUGGCCACUAUAGGGGGGAAGGGCUGCUCCAGGAUGGGGGGGAAGGCCCUGUUAGGACAUAGAGAGCAGCUGGUAGGCGGUAAGGCAGUGGCCCUUUAAUAUAGUUCCUGUGGACCACGACUGUGGGUAAAGAACUGCUGCUGUAGAGGGUGCUGGGAGCCCCUAGAAGUUUCACAAAGAGAAUGUGCAGCAGAUUAAGGAGACUAACUUCUGUUGAGCUAUGCUCAGGAUAAACUAUGGCUGGGGUUGCCCUGGGGUGAUACAGGGGAGAAGUCUGACACAGUUUCUCCAGCUGAUAAACAGUUAGGGUCAGUGUUACCUUGUCCAUGGGCCUACAAGCCAGUGAGGCAGCCUGGCUGAGGGGCCAAGGACUCUGCCCAUGGAGUCCUGGAGUUGAGGAAUGAAAGGAGGGCUGCUGUUCCAGCCCAGGGGAAUUAAGGCCAGCCACUCCAGUGGUAUCAGUCUCUUUAUUGGAUUUGAGAGCCAGAGGACUGUCCUUCUGCCUUACAAGUGGUGGUAGAAGUAAGGUACUUGAAGCUCCAGGUCACAUGGUGCCUCUGGUUAUAAUUUGCUUUCUAAGACCCGGGGCUUUACUCGGAUCACACCUUCCUGGGCACAGGACACAGCCAGGACUCCGUCCUGACGCCACAGCCGCCCAUGGACCAGCCCCCGAGAGCCACCUGUGGGUGAGGGGAUGGGUGAGAAUGAUCUUCUCUCUGCUUCAGCACAGACCAACAUGCUUCUUGAAGAGAGUUUGGCCAGGGGAGGGCUGUUCCACACAAGGGCACACCCAGUGCUCCAAAUCUCUAAGCGACACUUUCUGAGCCUGUGUUACAGAUAGUUGUUGGGUGACUCCUCCCAUGGGAAGCCACUUGACAGUUAAAAAGCACUUUCAUGUAGAUGCUGGCUUCCUCAAAAAGAUCAGAGGGAGGAACUCUGAGAAUAGUCUCCUUCCAUAGCUUGGCCAGGAUCUGCCAUACCUCUGGCCACUUGUGUUCCCUUUACAAUAAAUGAAGCCAAGCCCUCCAA